AUGGUUAGGCAAGUCCCUAUGGCUAUGAGGUGCUUGCUGCUCCUGGCUGUGUCCCUUGUGGCCGGACCAUGGAAACAGCCCGGGGAUGCCCGGCCACUGGUGCCUGCGGUCAUGCUGUUAGGUGACUCGUUGCUUGACAUAGGCAACAACGACUACAUCCUGACUAUUGCCAAGGCAAAUUUUCCUCCAUACGGUAGGGACUUUGAAGACCAUAUCGCCACAGGGAGAUUUUCCAACGGCAAGGUGCUCAGCGAUUUCAUAGGUGAAUCGCUGGGGUUUACUAGCUCCCCCGUUGCAUAUCUCAGCCCGGAGGCGUCGGGGGAGAAUCUUGUUAGUGGAGCUAACUUUGCAUCUGCCCAAUCCGGCUAUUACGACCAAACGGCACAUAUGUAUAACGUGAUCCCAUUGUCCCAACAAUUAGAGCAUUUCAAAGAGUACCGACAUAAGCUGGUAGUGCUAGUUGGGAGCAGCCAGGCUGAGUCUAUCAUCUCAGACUCACUCUAUAUCAUCAGUGCUGGUUCAAACGAUUAUCUCUUCAACUACUACAUCAACCCUUUCAUUCACAAGUCCCCGGACCAGUUCUCUGACCUCCUUAUCGGCAUCUUCAACAGCACUGUGGCGGAACUUUACGGCAUGGGAGCUCGGCGCAUUGGUGUUUUCUCUUUGCCAAGUUUUGGUUGUGCUCCCUUAACAAUCACGGUGUUUGGCCAUGGGGGCAACAACACGUGCGUAACGAGUCUCAACAACGACGCCAGGAAGUUCAACAGAAAGUUAAGCGCAUCCAUCGACUUGCUGUCGAAGCGGUACCACGAUCUCAAGAUUGCAGUUCUAGAUUUGUACACACCUGUGUACAGCCUCGUCACCUCUCCUGGCUCACAAGGGUUCACCGAGACGAGGCGAGGAUGCUGUGGGACAGGGACGGUGGAAGCUACGGUGUUUCUCUGCAAUCCCAUCUCAAUCGGGACUUGCCGAAACGCAACAAUGUACGUGUUCUGGGAUUCUGUCCACCCCACAGAAGCAGCAAACAAAGUUAUCGCGGAUUCCCUCGUCGAGGGAAUCGACCUGCUUGUUAUGUAA